AUGGGUAAAGAAAGCACUAUCUAUAUUGAAACGUCCCUAGAGGAAGCUGCGAAACACCCAAAUCCAGGCGUCUUUGAAUCUAUGCUCAAGCAACUCACAGACUCUGAAGACAAAAGCAUCAGCGAAGAGGAACUUCUACUCCGCGCCUCAGGAAGAGGGGACGUGGCGGUAGCAACACAACUACUUCAAAGAGGCACAGACAUAGAAGCCCGCGACAGCAGCGGCUGGACACCCCUCCUCAUCGCCGUAAUGCAGCACAAAACCCCCAUGGUCAAACUUCUUCUCGAAUACGGCGCCGAGCCAGACGUCAAAUGCCAUCUCGGUAUUCGAACGCCCUUACACCAAGCCGCCGAUGGCGGGUAUGAGGAGAUUACCGAGUUACUCUUGACUCACAGGGCCAAUCCUAACUUAUACAAUGAUAAUCGCCGCAGACCUCUUGUAUUUGCUGCCGCGGAGGGCCACUUGUCGGUAGUAAAGAUGUUGUUGGAUCAUGGCGCUUAUUCGCAGACUAAAGAGGAUCCUGAAACGCCUCUGUAUUGGGCAAAACGGCAUGAGUACGAGGAUAUUGUGCGAUUGCUGGAGCCGCUUUGCAAGGUUGAGUCGAAGGUGGUUGAAAAGAGUGAUGCUCAUGCACACAAUAAAUCGGGCGGAUGCUUGGUUCAAUGA